AUGGUUCGGGACACUUCUGACGAGAAUCAGCCGUCGAGCGCAAUGCCAGACGACCUCGCGCUGCUCGACCAACAAGCGAAAUGCAUUGAGGAUGAGGUUGGUUGCGAGUUGAACCCAGAAUUGUACCAAACUAACAUCUUUAGCAAAAAUCGGUGGCACUGGUCGGCGAGAAAGUUCCAAUGGCUGAACUGGUUAACUUUUACAACGCGGAAACCUCGCCAACGUUCCUUCAAAAGGCUUCUGAGCUCGCUGAAGUUUACUCGGAGAUUCGUCGCAUUCGCGGCGACGGAAACUGUUUCUAUCGUGCCGUUCUCGUCGGCGUCAUCGAGAUUCUGCUCAAGGAUCGCGAACGGCUCGCUCGUUUCUUGGAGAGUUCUCGCGAUUGGAUACAGCGACUCGUGAGACUGGGAUUCCCGGACUGGACCUGCACCGACUUCUGCGACUACUUCGUCGAGUUCCUCAAUGAUAUUCUGACCGAAAAACUCGACGAGUGCUCAAUUUUUGAGAAGCUGAAUGACGACAACUCCGCCAAUUAUCUACUGAUGUUCUUCCGUCUCAUCACUUCCGGCUACUUGAAGGAGCACACCGACGAGUACGAGCCGUUCAUCGCAAACGGUCAGUCGAUGGCUCAGUACUGCGAGGGGGAGAUCGAGGCGAUGUGGCGGGAAGCCGAUCAUCUGAGCAUCAUCGGGCUCGUCAAGGCGCUCGACCUGCUCGUUCGCAUCGAGUACAUGGAUCGGAAUGCCGCUCCAAACGGCGGCUUCCGCUACGACAUUCCUUCCGAUACUCCGAUCGUGCCGGAAAUCACUCUGCUCUACCGUCCUGGUCAUUAUGAUCUCAUCUACGCAAAGCCGGCUCACAAGUAA